AAGUAAAAACCCCAGCAAGAAAAAUCUGAGCACCACACUACUGGUUCCUACAUAGUACAUCCCAUUGAAAGCAUUGAACAUUGGUCUUGCUAUGAUACCAAUCAAGAUAGACAACCAACUCGUUAGUGUCCACCAAACGAAACCCCUUGAAUUCCUCACCCACUAGCCAUCAUGGUUGAGAAAGAGAAGAGAAACAAGAACAAGAAGCCAAAGCACCAACACCCCAAUGACCAAACCACCAAGAACAACUCCGAUUUCUCCUUCAAGCCAAGUUCAGACGUAAAGGGUAUCAGAUUCGGAGGUCAGUUCAUAGUGAAGUCCUUCACAAUCAGAAGGGCAAGGCCCUUGGAGCUUCUCAAGGUUCUAUCUUUUCCACCAACCAACAAUACCAAACCAAAGGACAAGCUUCCUUUCCCUUCCACCACGGCAUUCCUGCCCACAAACUUCACCAUCUUGGCACACCAUGCUUGGCACACCCUCACCCUUGGUCUUGGCACCAAGAAGUCCAAGGUGGUCCUCUUUGUGUUUGAGACUGAGGCCAUGAAGGCUGCAGUGGAUAGAAUUUGGCCGCCAGAGAUUGCACUUGGUGAUGUCAACAAGAGGCUCAUAAGGGGCCUCAGUGGCUGUGAGAUGGCAAGGUUCAAGUUCAGAAAAGGCUGCAUUACUUUCUAUGUCUAUGCUGUUAGGCAAGUUGGAAGCUUUGGCUUUUCAUGUGCUGAGGAUCUGAGGACUAUUCUGCAGUCUGUGGUGGAGCUUAAGGAUUUCUUGGAUCACACUGCCAUGCUUUCCAUGCCACACCAAAGAAGCAUCAGUUACUCACAGUCACAGCCCCAGGUAGCCAUGGCUCACUAAACUAAAAUCAUGUCUCCAUAAAUUUCUCUGAAAGACUCUUAAGAGAAAAAUUAUGAAAUAAAUUUCUCCAUAAAUUAAAAUUAGUUUAAGUAUAAGUUAAUUUAUAGAAACUUUUUCUUAUCACUUCUCCACAAUUUUAUUUUUAACUUGUACUUAAACUAGUUUUAAUUCAUGGAGAAAUUUAUUUUCUUUUUUUCAUUUUUCUCUUUUAAGAGUGUCUCCGGAAAAUUUAUUCAAACAGAUACUUUAAAAGUGUGUUUGAUCCGGUGUUACUGGUACAAAACCAUGGUGACUUCAUCAAAAAGUAAAUAUUUGUUGCUUUCAAAAAUCAUGGUCAGUUUAGCUCGCCACCAAUUCAGACGCACGUUAAGCUGUGAAGUGUGAAUCAAUCAUCAUGAGAGUUUAUACAUAUGUGUGUCCAAGUGUUACCUCUUCACAUUGACAUCGUCAUCAUUUUGGGGUCUAGAGAAAUAUUUUGGCUUAAUUUGUUAACUUGGUUUCCUAGUCUUCGGAAUUUUGGGAGGCUUAUUAUUGGUUUAUUUGUUAAUGAUCUUGUUUGAUCUGUAUUUUCUUUUUGAAUUUGGGGAAAAGGAAAGUGUAAUGUAGCAUGAAUAAUGGGGUACUAAAUUGAAGGUUAUACAGCGGAUGACUGAGUCCAGGUUGCAUUUGUCCUUUUUGUUGACAACUGCUAAUAGAAAUUUGUCAAGGGGUCGCAGAUUAUGCUUACUCUUUUGUUCUUAUUACUAGAUAUAAUCUUAUGCUACUCCGGGCAGACAUAUUUUCCACUUGAAUUGUUCAUAGAGGAAAUAUGUCCUUAAAUUAUUCUCUACUAGAACUUUGGAAAUGAAUGUGAUACUGUAAAUUUAUCUCUGCA